CGGCAGCCUAAUAUACAAGCGGAGCGGUGACAAGGUGAGCCACGGGCACGUUUUCAUCAAGCAGAAAAAUCAAAACGUCAAGAUGAAGGAACACGAGGCAACGGGUGCCUGUCAGAAGAAACCAACGAAACUGCGUAACCUCAUCUACAAGACUGAGGCUUUUGACUCUCUGCAUGCUGGAAAUGCGGAGAGAACAUUGUGCUCUGGUCAAGUGUGUCUCGGUAGCGUUAUGCAGCUACCGAUUCAUGGAACAGAAUCCCGUUCAAGAGAAGAGAUCCUUGUACAUGCGAAAGAUUUCCUCGAACAAUACUUCUCUUCCAUCAGAAGAUUAAAUAGCGAGGCACAUCGUAUUCGUUGGGAAAGUGUGCAAAAAGAAGUCAUGGCUCUUGGUACUUAUCAACUAACUGAAACUGAAUUAGUUUUCGGGGCGAAGUUAGCGUGGCGCAAUGCCACAAGAUGCAUCGGUCGUAUUCAAUGGUCUAAGUUGCAAAUCUGCAAUAACAAUAUUUCCGCAACGUACGGAUGGGAAACAUGAUUAUAGGGUAUGGAACCAUCAGCUAAUUAAUUACGCGGGAUAUAAAAAUCCAGACGGUACUAUAAUUGGUGAUCCUGCAAAUGUCGAAUUCACUGAGUUAUGCAUGAAAUUAGGUUGGAGAAGUGCACGUACUCGUUUCGACAUACUGCCACUAGUAUUGUCAGCAAACGGUCAUGAUCCUGAUUACUUCGACAUUCCAAGUGAACUUGUUCUCGAAGUACCUCUUAGUCAUCCAACAUAUGAUUGGUUCGAAAAGUUGGAAUUGAAAUGGUUCGCGGUUCCUGUCGUAUCUGGAAUGGUAUUCGAUUGUGGAGGAUUAGAAUUCACAGCCGCACCAUUCAAUGGAUGGUAUAUGAGCACAGAAAUUGGAUCGAGAGACUUAUGCGAUGUUCAACGAUACAAUUUACUAGAAACAAUUGCAACUCAUAUGGGAUUGGAUACAAGAACAUCCACUUCGUUAUGGAAAGAUAAAGCUAUGAUUGAAGCUAAUGUUGCUGUUUUGCAUAGUUUUCAAAUGAAAAAUGUAACGAUCGUAGAUCACCACACUGCAUCGGAAUCUUUCAUGAAACAUUACGAAAACGAAAUGCGAUUAAGAAAUGGAUGUCCAGCCGAUUGGCUUUGGAUCGUACCACCGAUAUCAGGAUCAGCUACACCAGUGUUUCAUCAAGAGAUGGCUCUUUAUUAUUUAAAACCAUCGUAUGAUGCUCAGGGCAGUAAAAUUUACGUCCAAAUUGUUUGGGAGAGCCUUAUCUCGAAGAAUAAAAGCUACAGUAUUAUUUGCCACGGAAACUGGCACAUCGCAAAUGUAUGCUGAGAAACUUAGUGAAUUAUUAGGACACGCUUUUCAUUCCCAGGUACUUUGUAUGUCAGAUUAUGACAUCAGCAAUAUAGAACACGAAGCUUUAUUACUAGUUAUAACAUCCACCUUUGGGAACGGUGAUCCACCAGAAAAUGGCGAACUUAGCAACUUCGAAAUCAUUCAUUAAAGCAAAUAGUCAGACGGAAGUGAGCAAUUCGAAGAAACUCGAUAGAUUAGAUUCUCUUCGUGGUUCCACCACAGAUUCUCAAACGGAAGACACUUUUGGUCCUUUGAGCAACGUCAGAUUUGCUGUUUUCGCGUUGGGAUCAUCGGCAUACCCAAACUUCUGCGCUUUCGGUCGCUAUGUGGAUAACUUGUUAGGCGAAUUAGGCGGAGAACGAUUGUUGAAAUUGGCACAAGGAGAUGAAAUGUGUGGACAGGAACAAGCUUUCAGAAAAUGGGCAGCCGAUACUUUUACUGUUGCGUGUGAAACUUUUUGCCUAGAUGACGAUGAUACUUUGCUUGAAGUUGCUUUGUCUUUAGGAUCAGAAGCUUUAUCAGCAGCAACUGUUCGUUUUGUAGAAGCUGAACCCCAACCAAUUGGGAAAGUGGAACUACAUUACUCUUGGAACUUGAUGAUAUGGCAAGUAUGGAAAUAUCAUAUAAACCUGGUGAUCAUUUAGGAGUUUUUGCAUGUAAUAGAUCAGAAUUGGUCGAGGCAAUUUUGAAACGAGUACAAACUCCCUUUGAUCCAAAUACACCGAUCGAAUUACAAGUGCAGAAGCAAUCUCAUACUCCCAAUGGAAUCGUAAAAACAUGGAUGGCACACGAUAGAUAUCUACCUAACUCCUUGAGAAUACUACUAAAAAGAUUUCUAGAUAUCACAACACCACCAACACCGAAUCUUCUUAGAUACUUCGCAUCAAUUGCUACAAAUCCAAAAGAACAAGCUCAACUCAAUCUUUUGGCUUCUGAUCCAGCAGCGUACGAGGAUUGGAGACAUUGGAAAUUCCCUAAUUUAGUGGAAGUAUUAGAUGAAUUCCCAUCCGUGAUACCUUUCGCGCCGUUAUUAUUACUCCAUUUAACUCCUUUGCAACCGAGAUUUUACAGUAUUUCUUCUUCUCCGAAUGUACAUCAAGGGCAAAUACAUCUUACCGUUGCUACUGUACAAUAUAAAACACAAGUGCGCCUAACUUUUAUAUGCCAAUCGAACAAAAAGCACCAAUGAUAUUGGUUGGUCCAGGAACUGGAAUUGCUCCCUUCCGAGGUUUUUGGUAUCAUCGUCUCGCAGAGAUGAAGCAACGACCAGAUCUUAAGUAUGGAAAAGUCUGGUUAUUCUUUGGUUGCCGUCAAAGAAACUUAGAUCUGUAUAGGCAAGAAAAAGAAGAAAUGGUAAAAGCUGGUGUCUUAGACAAGGUUUUCUUAGCUCUUUCGCGAGAACCUGGAUUGAAAAAGACAUACGUACAAGAUCUAAUUCAAGCAGAAGCCUCACAAAUUUACGAUAUGUUAGUGUACGAAGGAGGUCAUUUUUAUGUUUGUGGUGAUUGUACAAUGGCAGAAGACGUUUAUCAAACUUUGAAACAUAUUAUACAAACUCAUGGUGAAAUGACUGAUAAGCAAGUCGAGGCAUACAUGUUAUCAUUACGCGAUGAAAAUCGUUACCACGAAGAUAUAUUUGGUAUUACUUUAAGAACAGCAGAAGUACAUAAUCGAUCGAGGGAAACAGCAAGAAAUAGAAUGGCUGCAGAGCCUUAAGUAUCGUUGUAAUGUAACGUGUAAUCUUGAAAAAUUUUAAACAAUUCUGUAGAUAGUUCUCAAUGAUGCAUAUUAUGCAUUCCUUGUGCAGAAAUUAAAUUGAAAAAUAUUGAAAUAUCUUAUUCUUUAAUAUAUCGUGCUAUAUAAUUUACUAUAAUUUCAUGAUCAAUUAUAAUAUACAAGUUUCUAGUAUUAUAUACGCGUAUAUUUUUGAUGAUAAAUUACUUAGAUUUAAAUUAAAUACUAGAAAGAUUAGUGUAUCUUUGUUUCUAAUAUAAAAACAAAACUACAUAUCGAGAUAACAUCUUGCUGAUUAUAAUGUUAAUCAAUGUUUCAAGCGAUUCACAUUAGCAAUAACGUUAUUACAAAGAUAUAAAACAUGUAACAUAAAAAAUUGAAUAUAUUUACUGCAUUCAUUAAAUGAAUUUUAAUGUUUUACCUACAAAUGUGAAUAUAUAUAAAGUCAAUAGUUGAAGUAUAAAUAUAAUUAUUCGUAUUCAAAGAAAUUUUUAUUUACAGUACAUAUUUGACGUUUAUAAAAAAUUUGGUUUCAGCUGUAUAUUGUUUUACCAAAUAAUUUAAGUGAACUAUAUUUAGUUAUUUUCAUUUAAUGAAACAUAAUCUUCUAUUUAAUUAUAAAGAACGAAAAAUACAUAUGACUGACUAAUUUCAUCUUUUUUUUAUUUAUACAGCAGCAUCAAGGCCAGGUUUUUGUUUCUCACUAAUGUUGGCUAACAAUUUCUUUAUUUCUGCAAUUGCUUUACCAGGAUUCAAACCCUUUGGACAAGUACGAGUACAAUUCAUAAUAGUAUGACAUCGAUAUACUGAAUAUGGGUCUCGCAAUUUUUCGAGACGUUCCUUUGCUUUAUUAUCACGUGAAUCAAUAAUCCAUCUGUAAGCCUGCAUAAGUACAGCAGGUCCUAAGUAUUUAUCACCAUUCCACCAAUAUGAUGGGCAAGAGGUACUGCAGCAAGCACAUAAGAUACAUUCAUAGAGACCAUCCUAUAUCAUAAGGUCUUCAACACUUUGUAAAUAUUGCUUUGAACCAGCUUCCUGCUCAUCACCACGUUGCAACCAUGGUUGUAUACUUUUAUACUGGUUAUAAAAAUUAUUCAAAUCUGGUACUAAAUCUUUUACUAUAUACAUAUGUGGUAAUGGAUAAAUCUUACUAGUUGUACUUGUAUUAGUAUCAAUUUUGCUUAUACAUGCUAAUGUAUUUGUACCACCAAUGUUCAUAGCACAAGAACCACAAAUGCCUUCACGGCAAGAUCGACGGAAAGUUAAGGUUGGAUCAAUUUCAUUUUUAAUUUUAAUUAAUGCAUCCAACACCAUAGGACCACAAAUCCAAUUUAUAUUCUUGCAUAUAUGGUUUUUCAUCAGGCUUGUCUGGAUUCCAACGAUACACAGCAAAUGUUUUUAAUCUUGCUUCAGCAUUUUGAUUUGCAGAAAUAUGAAAUCUUCUAACUUGCCGAAAUGCAUUUCUGCAAGCCUGCGGUGUAAUGCCAGCCAUUUUUUAAAAUGAAUCAAAAUGAAAACGUUUGCGGUACUUGUGUUAUGUAAGCUGUGCACGUGAGGAUGUACCAACCUUACUGCAAUUUUUGCUUGCGUAGAAACGUGUUUAUUAUUAAUUUACUCUCAAAUUUCACGUUAAUGUCAAUGUCAUACAAGAAUCAUUCAGUAGAAUUGUUUGAAAUUUUUUAAAAUUUAUUUAUUGAUAAUAUCUAUACUAUGCAACUAAUACAUUUUGUAUAGUAUAAUUGAAAUACCGACUAAAAUAUGAAUUCAUUUUAUUGUAUAAAAUAAAUUUGUUAUUAUAUCUAUGUCACAUGCUAAUCUUUGAUAUUUAAUUAUAAAUAGAUAUAUUAUUUUUAAAUAA